GCUCAUAUUGAAUCCUGCACUUGUGUUCCGGUGUGAAGAUUGAACCUAAAAAUCUGUACUGCAACAAACUCUCAAAUACCAGCGACCGCCAACAGUCAUUUUUCACAAAGUUUGCUUUGGAUGGUGCACAAACAUCUCUCAUCGUCAUCAACAAACGAGAGCAACAUUUGAACUUAUCUUUUUCAUCCGGCCGCAAGGCCUUCAUCUUCAAAUUCCAAACCUGGCCUGAAAAGCGUUUUCUGUAAUAUCCGUCCUCCGAUCAUCUCUAGCUCCACUUCAAACCCAGCGACAAAUCAGAAUGGACGCCGCCAACCGUCAAGUGUAUUGGGAGAAGCAGGGCAAGGACAAGCUGUGCGCGGUCCACACGCUGAACGCCCUGAUGCAACAGCCGGCGUUUGACGAGUUUACGCUCGGCGCCAUUGCCCAGCAGCUCGACGCGGAGGAGUCGAGGAUAAUGGGCGGCCCCUCCAUCCCCGGUGGAGAGAGUCACAACGUGGACGCGGACGGAAAUUUUUCCCUGCCGGUGAUGGAGCGCGCGCUGAAUCAGUACGACAUCACGCUGGUGAACCUCGACCGGCCCGACGUGCGAUCCAAAAUCAUGUCCACCCAAGACGGUGCGUACCGUGAGGAAGCGUACGUGUGCAACUCGCACCGGCGGGCGCACUGGUUCUGCUUGCGAAAGGUGUUCUCCAAGUGGUACGAUUUUGACUCCUUGAAGCCGGCGCCGACGUUUAUCUCGGACUCGCACCUGAAUUCCUUCUUGGAAUCAACCAUGAGCGCGGGCUUCACGGUGUUCGUCGUGCGACCACGUACUACAUUGUCUUCAUGGGUUUGAUAUUUUUGACUUUGAUCAUUUAUUAUCCUACUUUCGCUUUCCGGCGUCAUCUGAAUGUCUAUAUGCCACAGCUUUAUUCGUACUUCAAUGGCAACUGUGUUCUUGCAUUCCCUCAUGGUGAUCGAUCGUUGUGUGGUAAUUGUAAUGCAGUGAAGAUGCAUUCCCCCUUAGAGUUAGAGUCAGACGAAAUACGCAAAACAUAUCAGCCCAAAACUCCGCCAAGUCCAGCGUUACGCUUCCACCGCCGGACAAGUUUCUCCAUCGCAAUCUUGCGGGGCAUCAGCACUUCCUGAAUGAUCGGGACAUGGACAGGCUGCGAGAUGAGCACCGUGCAACGGAAGACAAGGAAAUGAAGGACGCACAGAAACUAGGCGAGGGUGGCGGAGAUGGAGAGGAUGGGUAAGAAGUACUUGAAAGCUGUGAGUUGAUAUGCAGAAGUCGAAGUUUUUAUUUUUUUCGGCGGUUCCCAGACGUUCCUCUUCGUCCUGCAUAGUAGAGAGCAUUUCCAUUUAGUCUUCUAGUUCUAACAUGACAUCACUGACGUCGCAAAAAUCCACCAAUCUCUCCCACGACCUCCAUCGAAACUACAACAGCGACGGCAAACCUGCCUUCACCAUGGUGGUCCCCUCCGACAAGCGAAAAGUCGAGACCGACUGGAGCAAGCUUGGCGCCGGCAACACGCUUUCCGGCGGUGGUGCUUCCCAGUCCUCGCAGCCAAUAGCGGUCGAUGACCCGGAGAUGGACGCCGAUAUGCGGGCCGCCAUAGCAGCCUCGCUCGCAGACGUGAAGGUGCCGGAACCGCAGCAGGAGCCGGACCAGGCCAACGCGGACGCGAUAACGAUCCAGUUCCGCUUCAAGUCGGAUCCGGCACAGAAGCGACGCUUUUUGAAAUCCAACAGCAAGAUUCUGGACGUGGUGCAGUACUUGGAACACGCGACAACGCAGCAAAAUUUGUUUCCAACCUUGUCAGCAAAUCCUGCGAUGUCGCUCAUUGGCUUGGAGCGCUACGCGGUAAUAAAGCAGGGCUUUCCGAAGAAGGAAAAGUUCGUGCGGUGUAAUUUGUCGAAGAGGGUGUACCUCGACGGAGAAGACGUCACAGAUGCAAGUCUCUUGGACCGGAAAUUCGAGAAGCAGGAAGCCAUGAUUCUGCAGCUGGAAGCUUAAGUCCUUCGAGAAUCUUGUUCUGCCCAGCAUAUUCUUUCGCCGAGAUGAAAUGAGAUACCCACCACGCCAUCGAGAUCGACUUGCAGUAGGGUAGCCAAAAACCCCCCUUUAUCAGAAGAUAGUGACUACCCCGUCCCCGGCCGCGCUCCCGGUCAUGAUAUUUUUUGAAAAAAUACCCACAUCUCCCAACAUGGCUGCGGGUCCUCCGGCGCACUUCUUGAGUGCUUAGCUUAGCUCGACAUGAAUGGAGUUGGCGACCGCACGCAUUUCGAUAUUCGAAAGACAUAAAAAGCGACACGAUCAUGCAGAACUUCGGAAGCUUUUCCUAAACACGCCAGCCAGAGUGCUGCGCACCAGUCUUUUGCUUAUGCUUUCUUCGUGUUCAUCGACUUCAAUGCGUCAUCUUCUUCGCUGCCCUAGUUUCCUUUUGGGCGAAACACGAGAAGUUGAAGUACCAUACAUGCUCCUGAUUGCUUUCCGCAAUGGAUCGAGCAGUGUCGCCGCCCGGAAGAAGUAAAACUAAAAUUUAAGUAGUAUACUAAUACUUCUAUUAGAUAGAAGCUAGUAGUAUACUAGACUUCAGUUUUUGGAACUAUUCGAGGCCGAUCUAUAUUAAGUGACAUUUUAAAGGGGAAACCAAAUGUGAUGAAGAGGCGCUGAGAAUAAGGCGCCAAAGUUCGACUUCGAGCAACGAAGUGGUUUAUUCGUGAGUAAUGGCAACAAAAAGUAAUGGCAACAAAAAGUAGAUCGUUGUUCUUCGUCGUUGUUCUUCGUCGUUGUUGAGAACGGAUACUACUUGAAAUCCAACCAAAAACCGUGGGGGCGAGGGCCUCGUGAGGGUCCCUGGAUGCUGCAGGUUGGCCAUAGCGAGCCUAAUGACCCCGGUGAGCCUCGUCCCUUUAGGAACCACAUACGUCGGUCAAAAAUACAAGAAAGAAAAUAGUGGCGUCGUCCCCCUCACUGACAGCGCCGCCGCAGCACGGG